CCCAGUUAGCAUCAGUUGAUCCAGCCUGUUUUCUCCAUCCAGACACGAACUAAACCAGCCAAUUAUUAACCGAGACAGAUCUCUAAUUGAUGUAGUUUAGCUGAAGGCCAAAGCGGAGGGCAGCGGGCAGGAGUUAUGGCGGCGUUACUUCUCUCCGAGACCGAUAUCCGGCACCGGUCCAUGGCGGAGGAGGAUCCGAACGGGAAUGAGCACGGGGCGGCUGCACGCAGCGCGACGCCUCGCUGGGGACCGCAGCACGCGGGGGCCCGACAGUUAGCAAGGCUCUACUCUCCCGGUAAGCGGCUGCAGGAGUGGCUGUGUGUGAUUCUGUGCCUCUUCCUUUUCAUCAUCAACUUUUCCUUCCUCCUCCUGCACUUCUCCACCGUUCACAUCUACAAGAUAAUCCUCGGCAUCGUCCUUGGAAUAGUGACAGCAGACUUUGCAUCGGGUAUGGUACACUGGGGUGCGGAUACCUGGGGAUCUGUGGAUAUCCCUGUUAUUGGCAAGGCAUUUAUUCGUCCAUUCAGGGAGCACCACAUCGAUCCAACCGCCAUCACUCGACAUGACUUCAUCGAAACCAAUGGCGACAACUGUAUGAUCCCCAUCCUACCACUGGCUCACAUGGCUUACAAGUUCAUCACAUACACACCAGAAGCCUUGGUGGAGUCCUAUCCCUGGGAUUGCUAUGUCUUUGCCCUGGCAGUUUUUGUGACGCUGACCAAUCAGAUUCAUAAGUGGAGCCACUCCUAUUUUGGCCUCCCACGCUGGGUCACGCUGCUCCAGGACUGGCAUCUGGUGUUGCCACGGAAACACCAUCGCAUUCACCAUGUCUCGCCGCAUGAGACAUACUACUGCAUUACUACAGGUUGGUGUAACUAUCCGCUGGACCAGCUAGGCUUUUGGAGAUGGAUGGAGCAACUUAUCCAGCGAUUUACAGGGCAGAAACCGCGAUCAGAUGACCUGGCGUGGGCCAAGAAGACUGACAGAUAAACCCACAAACCCAGACGGAUGGAUGGACUGACGGGCUUGCAGAUGCAAACACGUGAUGAAUGGGGAAACACACACACACACACACACACACGCAAUUUACUCAUGUCUCUGUGCUUCUUGCUUUUUUGCUAAACAGCAAAUAUUCAAAGAAACUGUAAAAAAAAUCAAAGAUGGUGCGAGUGAUUUCUGUAUGAUAACACUCUGCUGUAACAGCCUAUCAGCUUGCAGUCCUGUUUAAUCAGUGAGGUGUGGUGGUGUCAUGGUGUGUAGGUGUAGGAGGUUUCUGGAGGUUGGGCUCUCCAGGAGUGACACCAUGCUGCCUGUCGCAGCAUCUUACACCACGCACACGCACAUACCUAAACACAACACAAACGACUUGUUCAGUCACUGUCUUUUCUGAUUCCUUCGUGUCUGUUAGUAUUGUUUUUUGAGUUUUCAAAUCCCCUUCGAGAAAACUCACCACCCUCUUUAACUUCUCACACCUGGUUUUACACACAAGAGGGUAAAAAUCUGAUGAUUGUGUGCUUUAGAACAAAGGUGUAGACAGUUAUAACUCCCCUCUUUUGUGCCUGUGCUAAGAUGACCAUGACAAGACUUAGGAGGACAAGCGUGCAGAAAAAAAAAAAUACAGUCAGUAGCUUCCAUAAUAACUUUUAUAGCGCUAAUAUAAACAUGUCAGUUGUCAA